AUGUAAGGCUUUGCGUGAGGAGCGCAUGGAGUGGUUUGGCUUUGGCCCAAAGGCUCCGGACUCAACCAAGACUCCACAUGUGGUGGCUGCACCGGCACCGCCCAGAGACAACAAAUCCUCAUUAGAUGCCGCUUCGCUGCUCUCGAUCCGUUCGACACUCCACUCAUCACCCAUGGAAGCUUUGUCUUGUGCAUGCCAUGGAGACAGCAGCAGCAGCAGCAGCAGCAGCGCCACCACGACUCCCCAACUGCAGCAUUCUCGCUCCUGCUAACCUUCUUCUCUUCCCCUGUCGCUAUGACUAGCCUUGCAUGCCUGCCUCGGUCACCCUCCGACACCGUCCACAUCUUGUCCCCACCGAUCUCCUUUAUAAACCUCCUCUCCUCUGGAGAUUGAGAACCUGCCUGUCUCCGUGUCUUCUUCCUUCUAAUUCAAUCGCUUUGGAGUUCGCUGAUCUUUUCUAGACCCUGUCGGCUGACCGCUUGAAUCGAGUUCUCGUUGGUGGAGGCGUGAACAUGGGGCCUGUUCGAGGGUUCAGGAGGAGGAAGAGGGCCGCGAAGGACGCGGCGGCCGCAGGGCAGGAAGGUGGAGACUGGUGGGUUGACUUCUCGAGAAGGAUUACGGGACACUUGUCUUUACCUGAAGAACCGAGAAAGUUUGAGUCAGUUUUCAAGAUAUCAAGGACGACAUUCAACUACAUAUGUGCAUUGGUCAGGGAUGACAUGAUGUCAAAAACUUCACAUUUAGCUUUUGCGGAUGGCAAAAUCCUAUCUGUAGAAGAUCAAGUUGCUGUUGCUCUGAGAAGAUUAAGCUCCGGUGAGUCACUCUUGAAUAUUGGAGUAUCAUUCGGGGUGAACCAGUCAACUGUCUCCCAGGUGACCUGGCGCUUUGUGGAAGCUAUGGAAGAGAGGGGCAUCCACCAUCUCAAAUGGCCGACCACUCAAGAAAUGGAAGAUAUUAAGUGCAAGUUCGAAAAGAUCCGAGGGUUUCCAAAUUGUUGUGGUGUCAUUGGGACUACCCAUAUUAUGAUGUGCCUAUCGUCAGCAGACACUUCUAAUGUUAUAUGGGUUGAUCAUGAGAAGAAACACAGCAUGUUGUUGCAGGCUAUUGUUGACCAUCAGAUGAGGUUCCGAGAUGUAGCCACUGGGUGGCCUGGGAGCAUGAAUGAGUUAUCGGUGUUACGCAGCUCAGGCUUCUUUAAAAUGUGCGAAAAGGGUACAAGGCUGGAUGGAGAAGAAAUGGAGCUGCCUGAAGGUUUUCAAGUGAGAGAAUACAUAAUUGGAGACUCGGGUUUCCCUCUUCUUCCAUGGCUUCUCACUCCUUACCAAGGGAAGGAUCUUUCAGAUGCCAAAACCGAGUUCAAUAAAAGGCUUUCUGCAACCGUGGCGGUGGCACAGAGUGCAUUGGCAAAGCUGAAAGAUAUGUGGAAGAUCAUUGGUGGGGAGAUGUGGAGACCCGAUAAGCACAGACUGCCAAGAAUAAUCCUUGUCUGCUGCUUGCUGCACAACAUAGUAAUAGACUUGGAAGAUGAGGUGAGAGAUGAUGCGCUGUCAUCCCACGAGCACGACACGAGUUACAAGCAGCAACUCUGCAACAUUGCAGACAAUAAUGGAGUCAUGCUUCGCGAUAAGUUGUCCGCAUAUCUGUCUGGCAGAUUGCCACCUUGAAAUGAACAUUGAACUUCUUCCUUCCUCAAUGAUUCUAUCAUUGGAUUUGAUGGCUAAUUGUGUGUUUGCAUUGGCUCCCACUUCCAACUGAAACUUGUGGGAUGAGCUAGAGUUGCAUUCCCGAUUUGUAGAGCAACUAGAAGCAGACUGACCUUGAUGUUGUAAAAGAGAAUGCUGAAAACAAGAUCAAUUGACAAUUGGCAGGGCAGGUCAGUUUUAGCACCAUUGCUUGGCAAAUCCUGAUCUAGUGAUACUGUGAUACAAAAGGAUCAAAAGGUUUGUGGAAUCCAAAUUUAUUGCUUGUUUAUGGAUUACUUGCAAUUUCUGACAGAAGAUUUUAAGUUGGAAUAAACACUUCCAUAAAAAAUACUGUGGGUCUAAUACUCUUGAUUACAUUCCUAAACUUUCUGUGGUAGAUUCAACUUUUUCUCUGGCAAA